AUGAUUCGAGUGUGGCGAUACGCUUCCCAGGCUCUCGCCGGAGCUUUGGCGUUUCGCUUGUACUUUCCCAAGCAGCACAACCCCUCUAACUCCACGGGAGUCUUGCUAGAUCGUUUCGAGCUGCUCAUGGAACGAGCAAACAAAUCGUUCUCGGCGAUGAUAUCAGCACGCACAGAUACGUUGGCUACGACCGUGGAGGCAUACAUGCUUCGACGCCAUCAAAGCCCACCUCCAGGAUUCGCGGAGUGGUAUCGGCUUGCGGUGCAGCACGAUGCUGUGAUCGUGGAGAGUUUCUGGGAUCCCAUUUACGAGGAUCUCGACCCAUUUUCGAAAUACUCGGCACACGAGCUUGGGGUGAUGGCCCACAUCAUAGCCACCACGUCAUCUCCAUUGAUUGAUGGGUACGUGAUCCAAAAUGGCAGCGUUGUCGGAACUUGCGAGCCCGCCAAUCUGCCAUGCUUGCAGGUGCAAGCCAUGCUGGGACGAAUCGCGCAGACGCUUCCGGAUCUUGUAUUGCCGUUCCACGGGCAUGCAUCGCCCCGUGUCCUCGCAGACACUAGCACGGCCGCACACGGCCAUCAGAACCUACGCUGGCUGAACGACUCACCGCUCUUCACCAUCCCGCACGAUCGACUAGCGGUCAUGCAGCGCGCUUGCGUGGGGAAUUCAAGCUUGGCAAUGUUUCCAGGGGACGACGGGUCACGGGCGAUUAUUAUCGAAAGUGUUCGGCCCAGGACAAUCGGCGUGCACGCCACUGCCCUUGGGGAUCCGGCGGUACACGACCCACAGCGCUGGGGCGAUGUAUAUUCGCAGCCACGGUUGCUUCAGAUGCACGGGGCCUUGGUACGGCCGAAUUGUCUGAACAUCACGACGGAGCUCAUGCCAUUAUUCUCACCGGCCAAGGUCGCAGGCAUCGAAACCGCCAUACGAUAUCCGGACUCCAUUUACUGGUCGCGAGAGCCUGGGUACCAUGCUGAUGCUUCGCGACGGGCACCGUGGAAAGCAAAAUCGAACAAGGCGUUUUGGAGAGGGGCCAAUACAGGAGGUGGACACGGACGCGAAAACUGGCAGAGCUUCCACCGCCAUCGAUUCGUUGCUUUGACGAAUGCCACCUACCUGAGCAGCAUCAAAGAAGGGCAACAGCAAGGCGGGGCUGAGAAAGGAAUGCCGAUCACGGAUCGAAAGCUCCAGGUCACACGAGAGUACAUGGACACGGGCUUCAGUACCAUUCGGUGUCGCGACGAUGCAUUUCGAAGCAGCAACCAGGGAUGCUCUUAUCUCGAUGCCUCGUCAAAAGUGCCCUCCCCGCUCGUCAGUAUCUUCGUGAAGAGUCUUCAGAGCGUGAAAUUUCCUCGACUGCUCGGAAUGCGCAUCCAAGUCUAG